AUGCCCGACGCCGCCCUGGCUGCUCCUGAAACCUAUGCCGAGUAUGCGCGCUCUCAACUGGCCCAUCGCGCCUUCGAAGCUCCCUCCCUCUAUCUUGCACAAUCCCUUGUGAUGAUCUCGUUGUACGAAUGGGGGUCUGGUCGGCCUUAUCGCGCAUGGAUGUGCAGCGGCAUGGCCACCUACAUGAUCCAAUCCCUCCUCAAGACCGCCGAUGACACCAUGGAACAACAACCCCUUCUCGACCUGCCCGCUCAUCGCAUCACCUACGAACAGCUGGUCCGCACCUACUGGUGCUGUUUCGCGCAGGACUGUGAGCUCAGCUCCGGCGCCCGCCAACACUUUGCCCUCUCCUUCCGCCAGAUCUCCGUGCCCCUCCCCAUCAGCGAUUCCGAUUUCACCUUUGGAAAAGCCACGCCGCGCUUAAUGCCGGCGGACAUGAACCGCUCAUCCUCUCUGGCACUGAAUCUAUCCAUCGAUCGAGGAUUGACUAUCGUCACACGGGGGUUUGACAUAUUCGUUCGCAUACUGAGAUUCGCCAAUGAGAGCCGUCGCGGUCGGGCGCAAGGAUCGGCAGGGUUGUCCCUUCGCUCGUGGGAGAUGCUCAAAGCCGAGCUGGACGAGUGGAGGGGGCUUCAGGAUGCGACGGUACGGUAUCCCGAGACCAAUGCGCAGGCGCAUGUGGCUUUGGGGUCGGGGGAGUUGUUCGCCUAUAUCAACCUGGUAUAUUUUAUGAGGUGUGUUCAUUUGACCGUCCCGAUGUUUGAUGUGAUCAUUACUGACAACGAUAGUAUUCUGUUCCUUUACCGCGACCGCUUCCUCUCCACCCCCAAAUCAUUCAUCGACCAUCACGAUCCCGCCGACGACGAAGCCAUUGACCACCUCUUCGCAACAGCCCAGCACAUCGGCGCUAUACUCGCUGCUCUCGAGGCCUGCGCCACUCCUGUCAUUACCCCUUACGCAGGGUUCAGCGUCUUCGUCGCCGCGCAUAUCAACAUGUACGGGACUGUCUGUCCGGGCCGGUACCCGGGGGGUCUAGCGCGCGCGCAGGAAGAGAAGAAGAUGAAUCUGGAGUAUCUGGAGCGACUGUGUCGGUUCUGGGACGUGGGAACGAGCUGGUGGCGCACUCUCCAAGAAGCCAACCGGUUCUAUGAAACUGCCCGAACCACCGCCCAAGGCCCUACUGGCGUUUCCCGUCCGGAGCAUCUCACCCUAGCUGGCACCCUCGAUGAAUACGGCGAUAUUCGUGUCUCGCGACCUGAAACAGCGUCUGCUUCACGACGGCGCCCGGGGGUAUCUUCGGAGGGAGUUGGAGUGCGACGCAUGUCGGUGGCCGAGCUAACAGCGCCAGGCGGCAGUGGAAGUAGCGGUGGUAGUGGUGAAUGGGCAGAUGUGGAGGCGGAGAUGGGGCAGUGGCCGUUUCUCGAUGAGAAUUGGUCGCUGGGAUUCGACACGGGGUUCGAGUCGGCGUGGCCGGGGUUGAGCUGA